ACUAUCCAGAAACUAAACACUGGCGCUCCCAUCCCAGCCAUUGGCUUUGCUACCUGGCAGGACAAUGAAGCACAAGAGCCUGCCGUCAUCGCUGCCCUUAAAGCCGGCUACCAUCACAUUGAUACUGUACGCAUCUACGGUACGGAGCCUGCAGUUAGUGCGGCUAUUAAGCACUCCGGCGUUCCCCGCAGUAAUAUCUUUAUCAUGACUAAGUUGUAG